CUUAAAAUAUUUUAUUGUAUUAAUUAAAUAUUUAUCGAAACAUUUUUUCUUUGACAGCUGUCAAUCAAAUCAAACAUAACCCCAAACAAUAAAUAUAACCUAUAAAAUAAAUUCGAAAUACACGUGGAAAUAAAAUAAAAUUAAAAUAAAAUUAUGGAAAAUCCAUCUAGAGUUGUCCCUAAUAUUUUAGUGACUGGUACACCAGGUGUUGGAAAAUCUACAUUAUGCAGUAAAUUAUCGGAACUCACCGGAUUAAAAUGGUUGGAAAUUUCUAAGAUUGCAAUCGAAAAUAACUGUUUAGAAGAAUACGAUGAGGUUUAUCAAUGUCCUGUUUUAGAUGAAGAUAAAUUAAUGGAUGGUUUGGAAGAUAUGAUGAGAGAAGGAGGAAAUAUCUUAGAUUACCACAGUUGCGAAUUCUUCCCAAAACGUUGGUUUGACAUCGUUUUUGUACUUAGGACGGACAAUACAACUUUAUAUGACCGAUUAACAGCUAAAGGAUACUCGGGGAAAAAAUUAGAAGAUAAUGUCGAUUGUGAAAUUUUCCAAGUUAUUCUAGAUGAAGCAAAAAAUUCUUACGAUCCAGAAAUAGUUCAUGAAUUAACAAGUAGCAAUUUAAAUCAUUUAGAAGAUAACAUACAAAGGAUAUGUUUUUGGUUGAAUAAUUGGGUUACAUCUCAUCAAUAAAAUAUAUUAAAGUAAAAGAAAAAUAUUUUUUUAAUAUUUAUUAAGACAUUAAGAUAUAGAACACAUUAUAAUGUAAUAAUAAAAUAAAUUGAGUUUGAA